AUGCCAGCUUUUACUCUGUACGGCUCUCGCGGUUCGACCAACACCGAUCGUGUCCGCCUGACUCUCGCCGAAGGUGGCUUCACGGAUUACGAACUCGUGCUUCUCAACCUUCAAAAAGGGGAGCAGAAGUCCGAAGAAAACUUGAAACGUCACCCGUGGGGUAAAAUACCCGUCAUAACUUUCCCUGAAGGGUUCACUCUCUACGAGAGUCGCGCAAUCUGCAAAUACCUCGCAAGGAAGUACUCCUUUCCACUUCUACCCUCGGACUCCGACGUCGAAGCUACGGCGCUGUUCGACCAGGCGCAGUCCGCAGAAAUGCUCUACUUCACUGAGCCUGCAGGUAGAAUCGCAUUUGAGAAAUUUGCCAAAAAAUUCAUGGGGCUGCCUCCCGAUGAGGCCGUUGUUUCAGAUGCACUGCGGUCGGUCGAGAUGUUUUUCGAUGUUGCAGAACGUCUCUUACAGCACAAAGACUACAUGGCUGGAAAUGACUUCACUCUCACGGAUAUCUACUACAUUCCACUGAUCCAAAGACUUUUCGCGUGCGGGUAUGGAGAUGUCAUCCUCAGUCGCAAAGCUGUGAGUGCUUGGUGGGACCGCUGCAUGAAUAGGCCAGCCAUACAGAAGAUAUUGGCCGCUGACAGGGAGGCUGUAGCUGCUGCUAGUAGAUAG